ACCUCCUCCCUACGUGAUCAUACUCUCAUUCAUCAUAGCUUAGUGGAAUCUGCUACUACUACCACUUCCACGACGACUGCUGCUGGUGCUACUGCUGCUUCUACUGCUGCGGCGCCCUCCUCGUCCUCCUCCUCCUCCUCGUCGUCGUCGUUGUUGUUGUAGUGCGGUGCAGCAGGCCGUGGCAGCGCUGGGGGGCGGGCGCCUGGUGUGUCCCAUGUGCCCGCGAACCUUCCCGUCAGUGGAGGAGCUGGGGCGGCACAUCCCGAUGCAUACCUUUGACAAACUGUACCGCUGCCAGCAGUGUUUCUACCGCACGGACUCCAGGUCUAAUCUGCUGCGCCACCUCAGGACGCACACGGGGGAGAAGCGCCAUGGCUGCCCCGUGUGUCCCUACCGUGCCGGCCAGCGCUCCGAUCUGCGCCGACAUCUUCGAGUCCACGCCCUCAAGCAGUUCAAUAACAUCUUCCGCUGCCGCUUGUGUGACGAGACCUCCACCUCCGCCAGCGCCUUCGCCAGACACAUCCUCGAGUCUCACUCCCAGGGGGAAAACCACGACGAGGACCCCCAGGAAAUCCCUCAAGACCCCCUAGAAGACCCCAGGACACUCCCUACAAGUGCCACAGAUACCACGGGGCAGGAUUUAGCGUCCAAUAACUCCCCACAGGACACCGCGGCCACAGGGGAGCUGGAGGACCCCACCGAGGACCCCCUGGACGAUUCCUAGACCUCCUUCCCCCUCCUCUCCCUUCCCCUUCCCCUGUGUGUGUGUGUGUGUGUGUGUGUGUGUGUGUGUGUGUGUGUGUGUGUGUGUGUGUGUGUGUGUGUGUGUGUGUGUGCGUGUCUGGAAUGUAAAUCUGGUGCUUACAACUUUUCAUGUAAACUUGUGUGUGUGUGUGUGUGUGUGUGUGUGUGUGUGUGUGUGUGUGUGUGUGUGUUAUGACAAGAACAUAAGUAUAAAUGACAUUUUUUUUAUUAUGUUCACAAUUAUUAUUAUUAUUAUUAUUAUUAUUAUUAUUAUUAUUAUUAUUAUUAUUAUUAUUAUUAUUAUUAUUAUUAUUCAUUCUUCUUAAAUCUUCGUAUUAUAGAAUCUACACAAAUGAUGAUGAUGAUGAUGAUGAUAAUAAUGAUAAUAAUAAUAAUAAUAAUAAUAAUAAUAACAAUAAUAACAAUAACAACAGACCUCAAAGUUUGCCAGUGAUAAAAUUAAAGGUAAAAAUGAGAAAAAAAUAAAGGAAAAGAUUCGUGCCAUGAAAGAAAAUAGAGUGUGCCAAGAGAGAGAGAGAGAGAGAGAGAGAGAGAGAGAGCGCUUCGAGUUUCACUGUGGGGUUCGAAUCCAGAUAAUGAAUUAAUGAAUGAAUGAAUGAAGCGUUUCGAAACUCAUUAUUAUUAUUAUUAUUGUUAUUAUUAUUAUUAUUAUUAAAGACUUAUUUGUAAUGUCAUAAUUACGUGCUAUUCUGUUUGUUCUCCGUUUGUUUGCUUCCUCUGUUUUUUUUAUUUGUUUGCAGAGAGAGAGAGAGAGAGAGAGAGAGAGAGAGAGAGAGAGAGAGAGAGAGAGAGAGAGAGAGAGAGAACCACAUAUGCACUUAUUAUAACAUAGUAUAAGUAUAAACAAAUAAACAGUAACCUUAAAACAACUCACUUAAUUGUUUGCAAAGUGACCAGGUGUGAACAAGGUGUGGACAAGACAGGUGGGCCAGGUAAACAAGGUAUGACCAGAUACAGGUAGCAUGUCUCAGGUGAACAAGGCAAACAAGGCAAACAGUCGUUGGUAAAGACAUUGUUUACUUUCAUUAGGAAGGAGGAAAAAGAGAUGUUUGUGUGAAGGAAGGAGAGAAAGUAAGAGGUAAACAUGGAGGUGUAAGCAAGACAAAGCAGGUGUUGGUGCUUAAUUAAAGGUAAACAGGAUAGAUAAACAAGGUAUGGACAGGAGACAGGUAGACAGACAGAAAGACAGAUAAACAGAUACACAGGUGAAAAUGUAAUGUAGAGAGAGAGAGAGAGAGAGAGAGAGAGAGAGAGAGAGAGAGAGAGAGAGAGAGAGAGAGAGAG